AUGCCCGAGAAUACGGUAGCUAAUGCUCGAGAAAAACUUGUCGAAUUAAUUCGGCAAAGACGAUUUCUUGUUGAAAACCUGUCUAAUUUGGAGCGUCAAUUAUAUCAGUUUGAGGGUAAUUAUCUCGAAGAAACGGCGCCUUAUGGUAACAUCAUCAAGGGAUGGGAUCGAAAUUUGGUAACUGCCACCGGAAGUGCACUCAGUGCUGUGACUGCAGCAAAUGGACAUGGCGAGAAGCGCCCUCGUAGAUACCGUGAAUGUGAUCGUAUCUUCUCCCACUCCUCGGUCACGUGUACACUUUAUAAUGGAAAUGGCUCUAGUAUACGAAAUAAUUACGACCAAGACCAGCGUGAAAAUCCAUUGACAAAUGAUGUCUACAGCACGACUCAGCAUUUCGAAGACAGAACUAGUGAAAACGAUCCCAAAAUCUACUCUACCGGUCCAAGCGCAAAAAAGAAGAGAAGACACCGGUGA